UCGAGCUGUGGGAGGAGACCUAGGGCGGGAGGAGGAGGAACCAGAGGAGGACCUUUAUCCUUCUGGUUCUGGUCUAACUUGCUGAGCCUGGUCUUAAAGAGCGUUGACGGUGUUGCUAGAAUAGCGCCUCCAACCUAAUGUCUUUUUUUUCUCCUAAUACCAACAUCCUGACUUCUGCCAUGCUUUGAUGAGAAGAUGAACCAAAAGUGUGAAACGCCUGAAUCUACCACCACAGCUGAUACAGACUCUAUGUGAAAUGUGACAGAUCCUCCUGUAAGGAUGUAUGGAAGAGGAUGGGAAGACGAUGGUAAUGAUGGUAAUGAGGGUGAUGCCCCUUUGCCUCUGACACAGCAUCUAGAGCAAAUGCACUUGUACGAAGAAAUUGAUGCCCCUUCCAAGUACGAAGAAGUCAAUACCCACAAGAACCACCCACCAUGCCCUCAGCUACAACCCUCUCAAGAUAAACCUCGACCACUCCCUGCGCCCCCCAUUCCACCCAGAACUAUACUUUAUUCUGAACCUUGUCUUCCAAAUAGUCAGGGACCCGUGCCCCCACCGGUUCCUCCCAGGACACGAUUCCCCGUCAGGCAGUUUUCCUGUAACCUCCCAGGGCCCACCCACAGACUGACCCGCUCCACCACCGAUACUGACAUUCAUGAUCAGUGGACCAUCUCCCUGACUGACACUCCACAGGGCAGCUGUAAGAGGCUGACAUCGUUUUGUGAGGCAACUGCCAAGUUGAUGUCGGGCAAUAAACACACCGAAGGUGUUCAAAAUGUAGGUGUAGUGUGGGGACGCACCAAACAGAUCCACUCUGCUCUGCUGCAGCAGGUGGAGGUGAAUGUCAGUGUGGCCUCACAAUGGGACCAUAACCAGAUUCAAAUCCUCACCACUGUAAACAGGACGGUGAAAAGUCUGAUCGGUGAAAUAUUCCAACUGUUGUCCAUCGCCUCCUACACAGCUGAGCAUUAUCUUCUGAAACUGUGCGACACUGAUGAAUACCUGCAGAAUGAAGAACUGCUGGGGGUUCAUGAAGCUGUUCAGAUUUAUUCCAGGUCCAAACUCGUCAUCCCCCUUCGACUUCUCCAUGUCAACAACCUCAAAUACCAGCUGCCAAGGGAUGAAGCGGACGAUAGGCCACCGUUUCAACUGUUCCAAAGUCUUCCACAGUCUGCCUGUGUCUCAAACACCUGCAGGUUGAGCCUGGAGAAUAUGCUCAGCAGUUACAACAAAGAGAUGACAAAACUCAUGAAAACUAAGAGUGCUACAAAUGUUAAUGUUCUUGUGAGCCAUGUUCGCACCAUCAGCAGUCUGCUGUGUGGUUUCUCCAGUGUGGAGUUGGAGGAUGUCAUCAGCUGGUUCAACAGACUCAUUCCCAUCCAUGUGAGUCCCGAUGAGAUUGAGAAUGCAGUGAUCAUGCUGCACAAUGCACUGCUCAAGGUGCUGCACAUUUUUUUCAAGAACUUCCCGACUGACUUCAGAGCUCCGGAGGUCGCCCGUGUUCUGCCAGUCUGCGAUGUUGACCUCUGCCAGGAAAUCUGCCAGUUCAACAUCGCAGCACUCUACAAACUAGACCGUAGCUGGCUGAACGUUUAUGAGUACUUCUCUUUUUCCUGCGAUUUGAUGUACGGCGGAAGGAAACUCUGUGACACUGGCAUUUCUGAAAAUAUCAGCACUGCCCUGUCGCUUGGAAACACGAUCCAUUGUAACCGCAUGAUGGUGUUUGCUGUUCCUGUGAACGUGCUCCCGUACGAGAGCAUGUUGAUGAUUCACCUGAAGGGCUCUAAGAAAGGGAAGAGCCCUGAGGGUUUAGGCUGGACGGUACUCCCUCUGUACAGAAACAGGACAUUGGUUUCAGGGACAGUCCUGCUCAGUUUGUCUACACAGACUCAGGUCCCAGCUCGUCCCUCUCCAGCCAUCUAUGAACAUCACACACAACCUGUGGGUGUCAUACUGCAGCUGGAGUUCCAAAGUGAGGUCCAGUGGAUGUAUCAGAGGCCAAUAGCUCUUCCUGGAUCGAUCAUAUUCACUCAGCCAUGUGAGGCGCUGAAGAAAAAGAUGCUGAGUGUUUCUAAGAAGCACUGCCUCUGCUUCCUGACGGAGAAUGAAAAGACUUUCCUCUGGGAGAAGCGUCACUGCAGUGACAAAGGAAGUACUUUUCUUCACCUGUUGCUGGGUGGAGUCCAGCAGUGGCAGCCUGAGUACUUGACAGAGAUCUAUACUGUUUUGGAGAACUGGCCCAUUUAUCUCCCCGAGGAGGCGCCGUUCCUGGAGAAUUUUCAUGAUCAGACAGUACGGAGAACUGCAGUUCACUACUUUGAGCAGAUUGCAGAUGGAGAGCUUGAGUUGUUCCUGCCACAGCUGGUCCAGGCUCUAAAAAGUGAGUGGGAGUUGGAUGGACCUCUGGUGAUGCUGCUCCUGGACAGAUCAGUAAAGAACAUACGAAUUGCACAACAACUUUUUUGGCUGCUGGAGGACGCCUGUAACGACCUCUUGUACCACAGUUGGUACAGUAAGAUUCAGGCGGCUCUACGUUACUGCUGUGGCCGUAAACUGAAGCAGGAGCUGGAGCACGAAACUCGUCUGGUUUCUGUCCUCAUGAGAGUGGCCGACAAAGUUCGCACUGCAGAAAAGGGUCGGCGUAAGAAUGUUUUAUCCAAGGAAAAGGAAACGAUCGCCAGGUUCUUCACUCCUGGGACCAGCUGUCGUCUGCCACUGGAUCCUGCAGUUCAUGUGAAGGCAGUGGAUCUGGAUGCCUGUAAGUUCUACACCUCAAACGCUGCUCCUCUGAGGGUCACAUUCGUCUGCAGUGACCCUCUGGCCAAGAACGUCAGUGUCAUCUGUAAGACAGGUGAUAACCUGUGUCAGGACAUGCUGGUGCUUCAGAUCGUCCGUGUGAUGAACAACCUGUGGCUGGAGGAGGGGCUGGACAUGCAGAUGAUCACCUACAGGUGUCUCUCUACUGGAAGAGCUCAGGGUUUGGUUGAAGUGGUUCCAGAAGCAGUAACUUUGGGGAAGAUUCACCAGGAGUGGGGGCUGGGUGGGACCCUACGUGAGGACAGUCUGGAGAAAUGGUUCCACAUGUGGAACAAAACCAAAGAGGACUAUGAAAAGGCUGUGAUGAACUUCAUCCAUUCAUGUGCAGGGUGGUGCGUGGCCACGUUCAUCCUGGGCAUCUGUGAUCGCCACAACGACAACAUCAUGUUAAAGCACACUGGACACAUGUUUCACAUUGACUUUGGCAAAAUAAUGGGCAACGCACAGAAGUUUGGGAAAAUCAAAAGAGACCGCUCUCCGUUCAUCUUUACGUCAGAGAUGCAGCAUUUCAUCACAGGAGGAGGAGAGAAACCGCAGCGUUUGCACCGAUUUGUGGAGCUGUGCUGUGAGGCUUACAACGUCACCAGAAAACGCUCUGCGCUCAUACUCAGCCUCUUAGAGCUGAUGCUACAGGCGGGCAUGCCCGAGAUGAACAACUCCAACGACCUGCAGUACGUCCAGAACAACCUCCGACCCCACGACACGGACCUGGAAGCAACGUCCUACUUUACAAAGAAAAUCAAACAGAGCAUCGACUGUGUUGCAGUCAAGUUCAUGUUCCUGACACACAGCAUGGCCCAAGGAAAGAAAGGGGAAACCAUGAAAAGAGACGGCGUGCCCACUGCCAGCACCAAUAUUCAAGAAGCUGUCAUCCAGGGAUUCAACAUCAAAGGGAACGAUGUGAAAUAUGACCUGAGAAUCACCAUUGACGAUGGUUACCUGAACAGCGAGAAAACGUUUGGAGAGUUUGAGGAGAUCCACAAGGAGUUGCAGAAGCAGUUUAUUGAAUCUAAGCUUCCUCAGUUUCCUAGGUGGUACAACCUGAAAUUCUCAACGGCCAGCAAGAUAUCUGUGCUAAACAAGUACUUGAAGGAACUUUUUGAAGGACCCUGCAAAGGAAAUGAGAUUGUGUGCAGCUUGUUCCUGGACGGACCUGGCAUCGUCACUGAAAGUGUGCCAACAGGGGCGUGUCCUCAGAUCCAGCUGUUAAUCUCCUAUGCUAACUGCAAGCUCUCAGUCUUGGUCAAACACCUGAAGAACAUAAAGCAGGCUAACGGCUCGAACCCUGACGCCUACGUGAUCACACGUCUGAGGCCGGACCCUCUACAACACUCCAAGAAGAAGACCAAGGUGGUCCGGAACAAUGACAACCCCACCUUCAACGAACUGUUGGAAUACACUUAUGUCCCACUGCUGUACGGGAUGGUGCUGGAAGUUACGGUGAAGAGCAAAAAUGCCUUCGUGGCUGCGACCAACAUUAAACUGGAAGACAAACUGCUGGACAAGGAGACGUGGUUCCCUCUUGGCAACGCUUCAAUCUGAAAUGUGGAGCACUAUGCGGCCGCUACCAGCAGGGGGCGCAGCCAGACAGCGAGAGGAAGAGACGAAAUCCGAGAGGAGCAAUUCCGUAUGCACUGUUUUAUCUCUUUAUGUAUUGAUCUGAUGCACUUUACCUUCGCACCAGAGGAAAGACACCGGCGGUGGAUGACGUGUCAGGAUGACGUCAUAAAGCCGCGUUACACUACUAUUAGUGUCCAAGUAUCCUUGAUGUGGUGUCAUUCUAAUGUAAACAAUGAUUUGAUUUGAUGAUAUACAGAAAUAAGACUUUAUCUUUAGCCAUAUUUGCACUUACUUUAUCAUUAAAUAGAUGUUUUUUUUUAAA